ACAGGGAGAGAGAAGCUUUCAAAUUAGCAACAUGCGAUUGAUGGUCGUUCAGUAGCUUGAAUGUCCCCCUGGGUUUCGGUCGAUUCGACUAUUCGAUUCGGUUAGGGUCUGUGCCGAUGCACGGGCAGUGAAAACGCGUGAAAAGUAACUUAGUGACCAUGGGAAAGAUGAGAAGUGCCCUGACGGUAGCAGUUAUCCUUGUCGUAGCAUGUCAUGCCAACGGCGAAGAAGCGGCGAACGGAAAGGAUUCGUACUUGGCAGCACUGCAUAAUUCGCACCAGAUAAAUCAACAGAAUAAAGCACAUGGUUUGGUGAGGAUACCCCGCGAAGAUUAUGCCAGUGUUCCGUCAUCAUCCUACGACUACAGCUUAACUCCAUCGAGCGGAUAUGGAGCUCCUGCCAACAGUUAUGGCGCUCCACCCAAGGCAGCAUACGGACCUCCCAAACCUGUCUAUGGUCCACCUCAGCCGGUCUAUGGACCUCCACCAGCCCAACCGAUGAGCAACGGAACGCCGCACAUGAGCCCCGAAAGCUGGCUGCUCAAUAAGUUGAAAAUGAAAUUCAACUGGUUUACUCUAGCGAAAAUUCUACUCAAGAUUGUGAUAUUCAAAAAGAUUGUUAAGUUCCUCGCCCUGCUAUGCUUGCUGUUCUUCAUUCCAACGCUGAAGCCAAGUGAAAGCGAGAGUGAGCACAGUGACGACGAAAGCCGACGCCGCAGCUACGAUCUGCAAUAUGACUACGAUACCCGGCUGAACCAUGUGACAACGUUUGCCCUGAAAGCCAUGGAAGCUUUCACCAUCGAUAACGAGCUGUAUUGUCCGGAGGAGAACUUCCUCGGUUGCCGUGCGAAACGAAUGUUCGACGUGAUCGACGAGGAGUAUCCACUGAAGGAGAUCUUGCGGAUGUACGUUCCGCAUUCCAGCAGAAAGGUAUUCCGAUUGCAUUCCUACGAUGAGGACGGCGAUGACCACGUUACCAGCAAUGGAAUGGUAGACGAUGGCAGCAACAGUAGCACCAGCGACAGCAACGAAAGUCGCGAACGUGAUGACUAGAUCGAAGCAGAUACGAUGAACACUGCGCUCACUACGAUCGCUGCACUCUGUCCCCAGCCGACUUGGAUCGCACAAAUGCGAUUAUGAAUUUCGAUAAAAACUCGUGAACGAAAAAAAAAAUGAAACAUGCGUGAUUUGAAUUUUGGAUUGUAUCGAUUGUGUGCCACUUUCUCGUCCUUUACUUUGUGUGGGUGUACGGGAUUUAUAGGUUAUAUUGUGUGAAUUUUAGUACCGGAAUAACGAUCGCGCAAGUACUCAUAUAAUUUAUUUAUUUAUUUUCGCUGUAAUUAGUUUGGAGGAGUGUCUUGUAAUAAACACGUAUUGGAAAUGUGUUGUUAGAGGAAA